GCAGCUUAGUCUACGAGGAUAACCGACCGCUUCGUCUUCCCUCCCCUUCCCUUGCUCAACCCAAUGCAUUCACAAAAUGUCGAAUCAAAAUUGCCCCUAAUUAUCACGUGACCUCUCCUGCCGCUCGCCGCCGUCGAAUCCACCAUGAACGACACUGCCAAUCCCAAAGCCACGAAGCGUAGUCACAAACACAUCAUCGACGUGGACGACGAUGAAAGAGAUACUGAGGUCUGGGCAACAUUCAACUCCACUUUCGGGCAAGUCCAAUCGGUUCUCGAUAGGAACAGAAAUUUGAUCCGACAAGUGAACGAGAAUCACCAGUCUGGAACACCAGACAGCAUGGUAAAAAACGUUGCCUUGAUUCAGGAACUUAACGGUAAUAUUUCCAGGGUUGUCUCGCUUUACUCCGAUUUGUCUUCCAAUUUCUCUACUUCGUAUCAGCAGCGUAACGGUGAUUUCUCCGGUAACAGUAACAGUAACAGCAGCGGAAGGUCGUAAUUUUCAAUAUUUUUGGGUUUGUUCAUUUUCAUUUGCAGUUACGCAAUUAUUGAUAUAUUGUUUGUAUUUUGGAAAAAUAUAUAUAAGUAAAAUAAAUCGUGUAGUGUGCUUUUUAAAA